AUGGAUCCCUCAACCAUCGCGUCGCCUCAGAGCCUACCGACGCAGCCAAGCCCCCCGUUCAUGGCUCUCUCCGAUUUCAUGGCCCAGGCUACACCGGGUUCCGAUACCACGAACGCUUCCGAUAAGCCACCGUCGCCGAGAGAUGAUCCGGCGCCCGCAGGAAGAGUGGAGGAUUCUGAGCAAAACACCCCAUCACCGAGCGAAACACGGCCAGAAACAUCUGUGGAGGUACACGCCGAAACACCAUGUUGGGCUUCCCGAGAAACACGAUCUCGAGACGCACAACCACGGCCGUCAACACAGAAAGAUGACACCCCACCGCCAACCGACUGGCUCGCAACCCGCCAACAACUCCUCCCCCGAAAAAGCCAAGGGAAAAAGGGCGACUGGAUUCGUGGUUGGAGCCAGGCGGUGAGCAACCACGGCGAGGAAACCUAUUGUGGCUGCUCUGAACCCAUCGAGAACGGCACCGGCUUCACUCGCGGUCGCAAGCCCAAGACUAGUACUCAGCUCGCCGACAACGUGCGCGCCAUUCUCCAGCGCACUGCCUCACCUUCCUCAUCAACCCACAAAACAAAACCUUCCACCCCCGGCACGCCAGCGGACCCUGAAGUAUGCCGUCAAUGCCUUCGCCCACCAUCACCGCCCCUCAGCGCAAGAGGCUCACCCUCUCGUCGGGCGGCCGACCGCCUCGGUCCCCCCUUCCUCCCCGGCACACUGACCAAACGCUUCAGCGAGCUGUUUCUGCGCGUGCGCAACAGUCGCUCUUCGUCUCCUCCCCCAGGGGCGGUAAAGUCAACAGCCCGUCGUGCCAAAAACACACCCGAUCCCGAACCCGAGGCCCCCUGGCCCGAGGAGUGCCAGCCACGUUGGGCGGCAACAGGGCCGGGCCACAAACGGCUGCUAGUCCGCCCAUCGAGCCAGCCCGUUUCUGCGCCCGUACAGGGCACAGGCGCCGUGAAAAAUGUUAAAUCGGGAAGAGUACGGGCCAGUGGAGACGGGGGUGGUCGUAGCUGGUUUUCCAAGGGACAUUCGCGAUCCAGAACAAAGGGAAGCUUCCUUCCCACAACAAGCAUGGGGGUAAGAGCGCCAAUAUCACCACCAUCAUCAUCCUCCGACGAUAUCGACGGAAUCAGCGACUCCGACGUCGAAGGGCCACGUAUGCCGGGCUUGUCGAGAAGUAUGUCGCGCUUACAAAGGGCUGCCGCGAUGUUACAACGCGCGACGACACGGUCAAAGGAUUAG